AUGUGCAACUCGUCCUGGCUCUCCAUCGCUAUCAAAUACGCGAAGGUUGGAAACACCGAUCGAUCUAGCUCUUCUAGGUCCUCAGUUAAUCAGAGAAUUCUGAUUCUGAAAAAACUCUGGUGGUGCUGUUUGGCCCGCGACCGAGUGAUUUCCUUAGGAAUGCGUCGGCCCGUCCAAAUCAGACUUGAGGACUUCCCCUUUAUAAAAAGAAAACUCUCCCUGGAUGACUUCGAAAAGGAAAUAAGUCACUCGGAGGUCUACGACUAUAAAACAAAAAAGGCGCUUUGUAGUAUCUUCAUUGCGCAAUGUGAUUUCUCCCGUGUCGCAACUGACCUCCUAACUACGGUGUACCCCGAGCGAACCAACUCAACCAAAGGCGAUUUUGCUGAGAAUCACGUCAUAUUUGAAGAAAUGAUGCAGCUUCAACUAGGACUCUCCGCCUGGUAUUUUGAGUUUACUACCUGCACUGAAUAUGGCGGAGACUAUGCCCACCCUUCUGCAAGACUCUUCUUAUCUCUGGUUUCAAUGUAUUACCAAUCGGCUCGAAUGGCUCUAUGCAACCAUGCCAACCGUCUAACUGCAGACUACGAGUUGCCGGAAUUCUUACGGGCAACGAUGAAGUCAUAUAACGCAGAACUCUGUGACGCUGUGACCGACAUAACAGAAAGUUUUAAGGACCUCGCUGAUGCGAACAUGGCAAGAUAUCUUCCUGCUAGCGCUAUGGCAUGUACAGUGUUCCCUCUGAUUCUAUGGGGAAUGAACGUUAUCCUUUCGUCAACACCAGCCGAUCGAUAUCGCAAUGCACAGAAUUUUGGGCUGCUUAAGGGACUCAAUCAGUUAUACAGCCAUCGCUUCGACACAAAACGUCUCUCUGUUCUUAUAGGGCAAACACUAUGUUUCUUCAGGCCCAAAAUGGUCGAUAUAGCGAUGAGAUACAGUGGCGCUUCCUUCUCCGACAUAUUUGAGAAGAGUCCGCAAACCUACGUGGAACUUUACCUCUAUCUGGAUAGCUUGAUAUCAGCUGAUCGAUUUCUGUUAAUUGACGGCAAAGACACUUCUUCCCCACUGCCUGUACCUCACCAGGGUGAAAGGGUAGGACAGAAUCCCCCGCUAAAAAAUCCUGAGUCCGAGCAACCAUAUGAAAUGGUUGACCAGAGACUUUCAGACUCCGGACAAUCAUAUGAAAUAGAGGAUCAAGGAAUUUGGGAAACGGUCUCUUUCCCCCCCAGUGUGAACACUUUGAGUAACAUCGAAGAGGGAUUGCCGAAGCUUACAGAACAGAACGAUGAAAACAAUGAGAAACUAGGUGAGGAUUUCUUUGACUACCUCGCCUUUGCCGGCGAAUGA